AUGCAAGAAGUACAAGCACGAGAAGCUGCUUCGGCACCUAGCUCUACCAACAACCCAACCUCUCAGUCCUCGCAAACGUCCGGUGCUACGCCCACGAUACCUGCGGAUCCCACAGACAAUGAGGAAGAAGCAAUGUUACAGCAGGCUAUUGCCAUGUCCACACAAGAGCAGGAUGUUGAUAUGGACGAAGAUGCCCAACGAUGGACGAAGAUGAGGGUGAGGAUGAAACUAUAG